AUGGAACUACAAUUUAAAAGUUCUGAUAUAGAGUUAGUCAAAAGAUUGGGGAAAAGAAAUAAGAUUGUAAGACCUAUUUUAGUAACUUUUACUACUCUAGGGCGAAAAAUAGAACUAUUGAAGAACAAGAAAAAGCUUAAUAACCUGCCAAUUUACAUAAAAGAAGAUUAUUCUCCAAACAUACUAGAAAAAAGGAAACUACUUCAAGAAGAAUACAAAAGUAGAAGGGAACAAGGAGAGAAUAUAAUUCUAAAGUAUGAUAAAAUUGUAUGUCUAAACAGGAAAAAAGUACAAUUGCCCAUACAACACUAUGAACGUAGAAAGAAAGAGAAAGAGAAAGAGCAUGAUACAAACUCCCCAGUUCGAAACAAAAGAAGGAAACCCGAAUCACCACUGUCGGCUCAACAUUCUAGAGACCAAUCAAACUCGUCUAAAGCAGUUAAGAAUAAUAAGACUACAAUGGAGGCAUUUAUAAACAGAACCGACGAAAUCCGCAGAGAUAAGCAGAGAAACGAAGCUGAACAA